GUUUUAUAUUCUUGGUUGAUUUUCAUUUUUACCAUUUCUACUAUUUUUGUUGCGUUUUUCAGUGGAUGAAUUGAAAUUUCAAGAUCAAGAAUAUGAAUAUGAAAUGAAAGUGAAAAUCCUUCUUGAUUAAUCGGAAGUACGUACAAAUAGCAAUAGCAACCAGGAAUCAAAUUCAGAAUUUCGGUGCUCGAAGAACGUUGGAAAUACCUAAGCCAGAAGAAAGUCGAACAGUUCACUUCGUGAUUUUCAAAUUUUCAACUUGUUCUUUCAAAUCUUCAUAGUGCUGAACUUCAAAUUCAACAUUUUGAAACUGUCGUAAGAGCGAUACCGGUGGUUUCGAUAAUCAUCAUUCGUGGUUAUCAAUCAAGUUUUACCACCUCUUUUUCCUCCUUACACAUUAUCCACUUCAUAGGGCGUAGCGAAGAUAACUGGCUCAGCUAUAAUACUACUUGCUAGUUCAAUGGUCAAACAGUUCUAAUCAAACGUUCGCUCGAAGUUGUGGUGUAAUAGUGACUUCUCGAUUUCAAAAAAAUAAUUUUCCUAAAAUGGCACUUGUUAAUGGGUUGCCUUUCUCCAUAAACGUAGAAAAGUCAGUAGAAGCUGCCGGUUACGACGGUAUUCUUUUCAUUUCUGCUGCGAAACCUGGUACCGAAGGACCAGCUGCUAUUCAAUCUGCUAUUGCGAAAGCAUAUCAAAUUGAUAAAGCUGUAGCGAGCGAUGGAGCAGUCUUAGCAGUUGAUUUGCCAGCUGGUAGAGUAGUUUAUGUACCAGUUUCAGUCAACCCAGACUUCGACGACGUUCGAUCAUUUGGUGAAAGUGGCAAAAAAGCUAUCCAAAGAGCACUUAAAGCCGGAGUAAAAACGCCUUUGGUUAUUCUGUCACCUUAUGCAAAUUUUCCGUAUUGUCAGCUUGUCACCUUACUCGGAGUUUUUGAAGCUUUAUAUGUGAAUUUGCAAUACCGCGAAGAUAGACCUGAAGUAUUUCCCAAAGUUAAACAGCUCGGAAUUUACAGUACGCAACCGAAGAAGAUCGAUCAAAUAGUAAAAACAGCAGUAGCUUUGGAAAAUGGCAGAUACGUGGCUAGAGAUGUCGGUGGCUCAGACCCUGAACGAAUGGCUCCUCCUAAAGUCGAAGAAUACAUACGUGCUGCUUUUAAAAAUGAACCCGUAUCCAUUCGUGUGAUUAGCGACUUGAGUGUAUUUGAAAAAGAAUAUCCUUUAUUCGCCGCAGUAAAUAGAGCAGCUAAUGAAAUUGAACGUCACCGAGGACGUAUUAUCAUUCUGACUUACGAAGCCGAAGCACCUCAAGAAACACUAUUCCUUGUAGGCAAAGGUGUUACUUACGAUACCGGUGGAGCUGAUAUCAAAGCUGGCGGUAUUAUGGCUGGUAUGUCUCGAGAUAAAUGUGGUGCUGCCGCCGUAGGAGGAUUCUUAAAGGCUGUAGCUCAAUUGAAACCGACCAAUGUUAAAGUUGUCGGAAUCAUGAGCAUGGUUAGAAACAGUGUCGGUGAAAAUUGCUACGUUGCUGAUGAAAUAAUCCAAUCACGAGCCGGUUUACGGGUUCGAAUUGGAAAUACAGAUGCGGAAGGACGUACGAUUCUAACCGAUCCUUUAUGCUAUGCUAAAGAAGAAGCUCUGAAAUCUGUCAAUCCUCAUCUUAUGACUAUUGCCACUUUAACCGGUCACGCGUAUUUGACCUCCGGAUGCGGAUAUUCUAUUGUUUUAGAUAACGAAGCUGCUCGUCGAACUGAAAAUGCUCUUUUAUUAUCCAAAUAUUCCGAGCAAAUUGGCGAACCUUUCGAAGUGAGCACUAUUCGCCGAGAAGAUUAUAGAUUCCAUAAAGGCAAAGUUGAAGGCGAAGAUGUAUUACAAGCUAAUAAUCAACCAUCGUCUAGAACUCCGAGAGGACAUCAAGGUCCUGCUGCAUUUUUGAUUAUGGCCUCCGGUUUAGAUAAAUACGGCGUUGGUUCCGCAUCUCCAAUCAAAUAUUCUCAUUUGGAUAUUGCCGGUGCUGCCGGAGAUGUUCCUGAGAAUGCGACUGGUGCACCUCUUUUGGGAUUAUAUGCUAAAUUCUUCAAUCAGAAUUUAGCUCAAUUGGCCGAUAAUUAGCAAACGUUGUACGUAUUUGAAGUUGAUCUUCGAAAA